ACUCACUUUCUCCUACUUUGGGCUCUCGUUUCCAAGUUCGUUAGUGUAUCAUUGUUGAAUCCAUCACCGUUAAAUUGUGGUUAGGUUUGUUUGAUCAAAUUCAAAACUCAAUCUCACCCGUUCAUAUACUGUCUUCUCUCUUUCGGUUUCGCUAAAUUUCACUAUUUUCUCCGUUGAAGCCUCUCUGUUCCACCUUGUAUUCUCUUUCUCCACCUAAACCCUUUUUCCCUCAUUCAAUUUCUCUGUUUUCUGAUUUAAUUUUUUCCGGCCAUUUAUUAAUUUGGGUUAAGAUGGUUUUGAUAAUAAAUUGUAGUGAAGGAGCUUAGCUAAGCGGCACAACCUUCUUCUUCCUCCUCUUUAAAUGGGCUGUUUUCAUUCUAAGGGAAGAAGGCAAUUUCCUGGUUAUGAGGACCCAGUCGUCCUUGCUUCACAAACAGCUUUUAGUGUUAGCGAAGUUGAAGCAUUGUUUGAGCUUUACAAGAGCAUUAGCAGCUCCGUUAUUGAUGAUGGGUUGAUAAACAAGGAAGAGUUCCAGUUGGCACUUUUCAAAAACAGGAAGAAAGAAAAUCUCUUUGCAAAUCGGAUCUUUGAUAUGUUUGAUGUCAAUCGAAAGGGAUACAUUGAUUUCGGUGACUUUGUAAGAUCGCUAAAUUUUUUCCAUCCCAAUGCUCCACAGGACGACAAGAUUGACUUUUCAUUCAAGCUUUACGAUUUGGAUAAUACAGGCUUUAUUGAGCGCCAAGAGGUCAAGCAAAUGUUGAUUGCACUUCUUUGUGAAUCCGAAAUGAAGCUGGCAGAUGAUACCAUCGAAACAAUACUCGAUAAAACUUUCAUGGAGGCUGAUGUCAACCAAGAUGGGAAAAUAGACAAAUCAGAAUGGCAAAAUUUCGUUUCGAAGAAUCCAUCAUUGUUAAAAAUCAUGACUCUCCCAUAUUUAAGGGACAUUACAACGACAUUCCCAAGUUUUGUGUUUAAUUCUGAGGUUGAUGAGAUUGCUACAUAAGAGACUACUAUACAAGAUUUAGCUUAGGAAGAUUUAUGCAGUUACAGUUAGGGUGGUGUUUCUUUUUUUGUGUGUUUAGUUCAUCUAUUGAGGGAAAAAAAAAAGGAAAAAGGGAAUAUAUUUUGGUGUAAUGAAUGAAAAAUGUGUUCAUUGGUUUAUUAAUAUUAUUGGAGGGUAGUGACUGAGUUUAAUAUUAGUUUGCUCGGUCAAUUGUAAAGAACCUUCUAAUUCAAAUUUCUAGUCAAAUUUUAAUGUUUCCACUCA